CCGGAUGCCCUUUCGAGUUACCACAUCCAUAUGGGCUACAAUGCACGAACUACUUCACGGUUCCUUCCGAUGACUCUCUUCCUCGUCAGCAAUGAACUCGACCUGCCCAUUUUUCGUGAUAGGCAAGACCGUGUGCCUCUCCCCGGUCAGAAUCCCAUUCUACUUUUCUCUGCACCAAAAUAUGUUCGGUGACAUUCCAGACACCUACGUCGCACUUGGUGCGCCAGUGCUCGCUUUUUGGCUCAUGUCUCUCAUGUUCUACUGUCUUGACAUCUCUGGCUGGCGAUGGCUGGAUAAAUAUCGCAUUCACGAGUCCGAGGAAGUCAAGUCCAAAAACUUGGCGACGCUUUGGGAGGUCGCACGUGCUGUUAUAUUCCAAAAUGUGAUGCAGGCUCUGAUAGGUUUUGCGUGGUUGGCAGAACCGCCAGUGAUCUCGGUUGCGCGGUGUCAGAGCGAGAUGGAGGGCUUGGGAAGAACGCUGGUCUUAGUCGUGCGAGGUCUCUUUGGGGAGGAGACGGGGAUGAAAAUAUUGGAGCAGUGGGGGCCUGGGAUGACCCAUUGGCUGUACUGGUGGGUAAUCCCAGCUGCACAGAUAUUCUUCGCGAUGUGGGUGUCAUUUAAAAUCUGGCUUGACCUCCCUCUAAUGAGUCUCCCAAGGUUCACCGUCGAUACCUGGCAAUACUUCAUACAUCGCUUGAUGCACACAAACCAAUAUCUCUACAGAAAGGUUCACUCAGUGCACCAUAAACUUUACGUCCCCUAUGCCUUAGGGGCAUUAUAUAACCAUCCCUUCGAAGCCCUUUUGAUGGACACGCUAGGCGUAAUCAUUGCAGAGCAAGUCACCCAUCUUUCUGUACGACAAACCAUUUUCUUCCUCGUGUAUGGUAUGUGCAAGGGUGUCGACGAUCACUGCGGAUACAAUUUCCCAUUUGAUCCCUUCCAACUGAUCAGCAGAAGUAACUCAGACUAUCACGACAUACAUCAUCAGGUAUGUCCCUUUACUACCACCUGUCCUCGAAAGCAGUAUUUAGGAGGCGUACAGGCCGUCGGCAUUAAGUCGAAUUUCUCACAGCCUCACUUCAUCCAUUGGGACGUACUUCUUGGCACGCGCAUGACCAGAGAAGACAUUCAAAAACGCGGACAGAAAGUAAAGACGACGUGAUGCAUCAAACCCGAUUAUGGCAUAUAGAGAUCUGAAGUUUGGUUUUCGCCUGUAUGAUCCUAGGUUCUCUCUCUCUUUCCUAGGUUUUGUGUGGCGGUUACAGACCACCGACAGCACUCCCUGCUAUACCAUGUGAUUUAUUCGUACCUUAUUCUUACCUUAUGGCAGUCUCCCGUUUUGACCCACGCUGCAACGUACUUAUUUCACGUGCUACAGAGAAAAGAUAUAAAAGCCCUAGUAGAUAGUUAGAUAGAGACUGGCAAAUAUUCUUGCAACUAAGUUAUUACCUGGUGACAUUGCUUCAUCGUCUUGA